AUGGCCACCGCACCCGGGCACAGGAUGGAGCCGAGCAGCGGGAUGGGCCCGCGGAAAACCAUGAUCAUCAUGGUGACGGUCGUCGGGUGCGUCGCUAUUUUGUGGCCCAAGGUUUUCUACCCCAUGAUGGUUGGCAAUGGCCAGAACAAGAACGUCAUCAAGGAUCAUCGAGGAGCCGGUUGUUGCGGUGUCGUCUUGGACCAGGAAACGUUCGCAAAUGCAUCGAUCAGCUUUGGCAGCCCGCAAUCGAGCCAGCAGCAGCAACAACAACAGCAGGACCUACAGCCGAAUCUGUUCCGGCAGCGGAGCUUUGCGCCAUACGUCGAGAUUGAGAGUAUACGACAGGAACGUCCGCCCCAUCUGCGGCCAGAGGCGAUGCAUCCGGCGAUGCGGGAACGUGGCCGGGCCAUUCCCCACUCCGGCUCCAUUCACGGUGGGGAGCGUCCCCAGACCCCGCCCAGGAUCGUGGAAGGCAGACCCGGUCCCAUACCUGGUAUGCGCCCACCUAUGGGAGCUGGAUCACAUCAAGCGACAAAAUCAGCCAACUCAAUGGGUUUCAUAAUGCCACUCUAUACCAUCGGUAUAGUUUCAUUCUUCAUCUACACCAUCAUGAAACUAAUCUUCAAAAAGUCACCGGCCACACCGUACACGGAGGUGAAGCCCGAUCCGGCCUUCCGCAGCGAAGUGUUCACCACGGAUCAAGCGUACAUCAAGCGACCGGAGGACGGCACGACGAAGCUUGGACAAACCGCUGCUAACGGUGAGCUAGUAGCACCGGCAGCAGCCGCCGACGUCGUUGCCGUUGAGCCGCAGCAGCAACAUGCGUCUUCGGUGCAGGCCGAGCUCACCGUUGACUAUGAGCAGCUGUCGAAGCAGAAAGAAGCAACCUCACAGCACGCCGAUGUCACCGAGCACACGGUGGCGUCAGAGGCGAAAGCACUUGAAGAAACGAUCGUCCAGGAGGAGCAGGAGAUUACGGCACGCACCGGGGAAGACUCCGGCGAGGAACAACCGGCUCACGAUCCUACUACCGAGAAGGUAGUCGAUGGAAUCGUUGUGAAAAAGGUUGUGUCCUCCGAGGAGACCUCGGUCGUGUCCACGGGCCCUGCGGUUGAGACGAAGCUGGAGGCUGAACUUACCGAAGUUGUCGAGCAGACGGUUGACGCCGACGUUCAGCAGGAGAUUCCAGUGGUCGAUAUUGUGGUCGAAGAAAUUGUUCUGAAGCAACACGCAACACUGAAGAGUGCGCCCGUUUCGAACGAGCAGGAAAGUAAUAUUGACGAACCGAUUGAAAAGGUCCCAGAGGAAAUCGUGGUCGAGGAAAUCGUUCAGGAGGUACACAUCACGCAACAGAGUGUCCCGAGCGUCGCAUUGGAAAAGGUUGAAGAAUCGAUUGAGGAGGUGCCAGAAAAAGUGGAAAAUAAUAUUGACGAACCGAUUGAAAAGGUCCCAGAGGAAAUCGUGGUCGAGGAAAUCGUUCAGGAGGUACACAUCACGCAACAGAGUGUCCCGAGCGUCGCAUUGGGAAAGGUUGAAGAAUCGAUUGAGGAGGUUCCAGCGAAAGUUGUCCUUGAAGAAAUUAUUGAACAGCAACAAUUUGCAACUCCGAGUGCACCCUUGGCGAACGAAUUGGUAGAAAAAGUUGAACAAGCGAGUCCAGUGGAAGCUGUCAUCGAGGAAGUCUCCCAAGAACAAUUUACAACGGAAAAUAAAGUUGAAGAAGUUAUUGCGGAGGUUACCACAGAGGAAACUGCUCUCGUCUCAGAAGAGAAUGUAACGAAAGCCGAAGAAACAAUUGAAGAGGUUCCAGUGCAAAGUGUAAUCGAGGAAGUUGUGCAAGAACAACAAUUAUCGGCUCCGUCAACUGCUCCCGUUACCGUAGAAUUGAACACGCAGGAAACUACCACUGAAGAACCCACACAGGAGUCUCUGCAGGUUGAAGAAAAAACUCUGAUCGCUAAGGCAGAGGAAGAGGUUGUUGUAGAACCUGUUGUACUAGUCGAGGAUAAUGUACCUGAAGAGCAGGUUACCGAGCCAGAGCAAUUGACCAACGUUGAGAAAACUCUUGUCAAAACUGAGCCGGACACUAAGGCACCUCAAGAAGUAGUUGAAGUUGUUGAGGUUGUUGAGGUUGUAACCGUGGUCACCAGAGAAGUCGUCCACGAACCGGUAGUAGAAGUUCAACACAUUGAAAGUGUUUUGAGUGAACCUUCAGCAGUUGUUGAAAUUGAGGAGCAAACUCUAGAAACGAAGUCCACUGUGGAGCAGGCAAGCGUUCCUGCAACGAGCGAAGAAACCGAGUCAAAAACUGUUGCUUCUGAAGAGGUAGAUCAACUUGAAGUUACCAACGAUGCACCAAUCGUUGCUGAAAACGAUGAAAUCCAACCUGAGGCUACCGAAGUCGUGUCGAAGGAAAAUUUCGUCAACGAAAAACAAACGCUAUCAGAAGCAAACCAAGAACCUCUUGAAACCAAUGAGGAACCGAAAGACAGUGCCGACGCCGCCACCGAAGUGGACAGCACUAAACAUGUAAAAAUGAUGACGGUGCUAGAUGCCAGGACAUCCUCUCUGGCGGCCCAGUUAGCCGAGAAAAUUGCGUCCACAGCGGAACAGCUCGUCCAGGAGGUGCUCGAGGAAGCGGAAGAGUUUGUGGCCCAAGAGCGAGAACUGCCCGCAUUCGAUCCCGCUACGCAGAAGCUUGUCGACGGUGUCGUCAUCGAGCGGUUCGCUCCUGAGGAAGUCGUCCCAGUAGAGGCUCAGCAAGUUGAAGUCACCCCUGAAGCACUGGUGGUUGAUGAGGCAGAAAAAGGAAAGUCAGAAGUGGUCGAAGUGGAGCCUGCUCAGGCUGUACAAGUAGGUGCGGUUGAGGAAGACGGAGCCGAGAUCGACGAAGUAAGUGAGGACACAUCGCUAAGUGUGGCGUCGGUGAUCGAAAACGAACAGCCGGCCGCGAUCGAAGAAACCUUCCCGGAGGCACUGAUCACGACGGAGGUGAUGACCACCAGUACCUCCAGCGAGCCCGUGUUUGUCGAGGGAAGCGAAGAAAAUCAACGCUCGACGGUGGAAGCCGAAACGGUGGUAGAAGAAAGUGAACCGGUGGCGGGAAACCAAUCUGGUGCAGCUGCAGCUGAGGACACCGAUCAAGCAGAGAAAGGUGUCCUGAUCGAGGAGGUGCACGAUGACGGGAUCAUUGUGGACCAGGCUGAAGGCAAGGUAAUUGAGGAGCACAUCGUGCCGAUGACGAUCGAGACUGCGGACACGACGACAAUCACUGAGGUUAUUGCUGACGACGAGGGGACUAUCGAGUCGCCAAAAAUUUCUAAAACCGCCAGCAAUCUGCCCAGUCCGCUCGUGACGGUAGUGCCGGUUAUGAGUGCGAUCGAUGAGCAGGCCGAGCUUGCUGAGCAGCCUGAUGAGGGUAGUCGACCCGUUGCAAUGCCGUCGCAGGAAACGCUUGCGCACGUUUCGAAGGAAGCUUUAGUGGAGCGUACGCUGAGUGAAGCUGCUGCCGUUGUGAACGAAAUCGAGUCGAUCGUCGAUCAUAUCAUUACCGAAAAGCUCAUCCAAAGCGGAGCAUCGGAGGGAAGCGACUCGAAGGCGGCGGCACUUGAGGGCAACAACGGUAGUGCUCCGCCACGAUUGGCCGCUUCUGCCGCGCUCGUAGUGGAAGCCAUCGAGUCUAAGGCAUCCGGUGUGCACAGCAUGGUGGAUCCCAGUAGCGCUAGCGCCACACAGGGUACUAACGGGCUUUCCACUGCCUCUACCACUACUAACCGGGUGGAGUCGAUACCGAUUGGCGAUACUAACAUCCCCGCUAGCGAUCCCCUGCCGGUCGCCGAAUCAUCCGCAACGAUCCUCUCAUCAUCUGCUGCAUUUUCCACCCCGGUCCCGACCGCGGCAAGCAUACCAUCCGCAUCCCCCGCACCACAACACGAUGCACCACCUGCACCUCAUCAUGCCGGACGCGAGACCAGUGAGACACAAACUCUCAAUCUUCACACCGUAGAUGCAGCCGUGGCCGUGGCCAGCGUCAACGGAGCAGGCGGUGUCGCCACCAGCAGCGAGGAGUCACCGGAGGACGGUUCUACCAAGUCCGUGCGAACCACAACAGUGACGACGACCACCACCAUCAUCAACCGACACAUUGGCCAAGUACCGACCGGCGGCGUCAGCAGCACUGUUACUAAUCCCAAGUUUCUCACCUUGAAUCUAGCUAACUAUAGCACUAGCGACAGUAGUGGUAACAAUAGCAAAAGCUCUGCGUCCUCCUACGCGAUUGCUAACCGCGCGCAGGCGCAACCGGGCUCGAACUCGAUCCUCCUGGCGGGCACCGGCGGUGACGGCACCGGUGACCAGCUGAUGGAGCUCGAGCUGUUGCGUAAGAAAUUGGACGAAACGGAACGCGCCAUGACUAAAAUUAUCGCCAAUAUGGGCAGCAUCCCCAAGGGCCAGGAAUCGAACGUAACCGCGGAUGAAGCCGAAUCCGUCACGGAGGUGACAACAACGGAAAUCACGACCAUCAGCAGCGAGGAAUCGGCAAAGGCCACCAACGGGCAUGCGGUCCAGCCGGUCGAUACCACCGGAAGCGAGCAGGCGGAAAAACGUACCUCGGACGAAUCGUCAUCCUCCGCCAGCGGCACUCCCGAGAAGCGAUCGAAGAAACGUGACACCAGCACGGAACGGGGCACGGUUAAGGUGAUGGCCAUGGAGGUGACGACCCAGCGUGAAAAUGGAAAACGGCUCAGCCGACCGACGACUCCGUUGCUGCCGAUGGGACACCAGGAAGGGUCAAGCGCUACGGCCGAGGAAAAGGAAACACGAUCAAUCGUCCUGGAUGGUCGGUUACCGCACGACUCGAAGAUCCUGGUGGCCGAUUCCGAAACGGCCAUCGAGAAACUGGAGCCGGAAAACUCAGAGGAAGAGGAUGAUGCUCCGGUAAUACUCAGCGGAAAAAUGACAUUGUCCCUGAUCAAUAUGGAUUUCAUUGAGAAGGAUGCUACCGGAACCGUCGCAGUCGGAGAAAUUGUUACGGAACUGCACAAGCCUCAGGAAGAAAUAACGACAGCACCGGAAAAGAACGGUGAAUAGACAACUCGCAGACUGAGGGAACCAAUUUACGACCGAAGUUGUGCCGUUUGAACGUUUCGUUCGAGAAACUGCGCAAACGUACAUGCAUAGUUAUAUUUUUCUAUCGCAGAAUUACAUUAGCUCUCAACACUCUCCGCCGCAUCGGAAAUGGCACAGCACGCGAAACUGUCCCACGGGUGGCAGGAAAGAGUCAGUCCAAGUCAAUCCAACUUUUGCUCCAAAACUCUGAUAGAAAUGAUGAAAGCUAACGCAUUAUUGCUCAUCGCCGAAGCACAUUCAUUUGAUGUUUGAUCGGAAAAGACUACACAAAUGCCAAAUUUUAUGGAACACCCUUACCAAAGGAUGAUCACUCCUCUUUUACCACUGCUAUUUUGUGCAACGGUAACAUACUUUUAACGGCACGUAAGGUAUUGUACGGUAGCGAAUUGUGUGUUCUUGUGUUUCGAUGAGGAUAAUGUUUAUAAUGACUAUGUUGCUCGAAAGCUUUCAGUUGUUGGUGUUCCGUGCAGAAAAACGGAAAACUCUUAUCGCGCAUUACGUUCGUUAUCUUGCUUAGGUUUUUACCGUUUAAAGUUAUGAAGUAACACAACAAGUUUAAUCCAAGGUAAUCGCAUACAUAUUUAUUGCUCCUAUAAUUUAGUCUCCGUAUUCUGGCUCCCGUAGAACAUGCAAACCGGUAAUAGUUAAGUAGAAAAGUAGUGUAUACCGAUAUAACCGGAGCAUAUAUUUGACGUUUUAUUUCGCCCGUUUCUACGUCAUGGUCUAGAAACGUGUAAGGAACUCUGCUGUACGUACGCACAUAUGACAGUGAAUGUAUGAACUUAUCAUGAAGAAGAUUAAAAUAACAUAGUUUAUUAAA